CGCACCUCCAUCUUGAUCUGCUUUGAACUACUCUGAUCUACUCUGAUCGCCGGCAACGCUGCUCCCGAUCCAUCGCUGCUCCUACAUCGCCCGGGGCCUCUAUCGCCGCCGGCGCCGACGGGGCUGGAUCAGCGGUGCGCCUGCUCCACCAGCCCCUUUGUCCAACAGAGGCAAGAGUCAUGCCGUCUGCAAGACUUUGUCAUGGGCUUCUCCAGACGACGCCCUCAGAGAAGACACUCUCGAGGAUACUCUCCGGGGCACACUCUGAAGACACACUCUCCAGGACACACUCUGAAGACACCCUCGAAGGGCGAUAUCCCCGGUCCGGCACCCAUGCGGCUGCUGCGGUAUCAAGGCCUCUGCGCCCCCGACCGCAAGCAGCAGCGUCCGCGCAUUUUUUCCGUUGCUGGAAGCGUCGGUCCUCACCGACAAGGCCCUCUCUCCCACCCAGAGAAGCGCAAAUUUGGGAUCCCGAUCGACCCGCCGCCGCCGCCGCGAGUAUAUAUAUGCACCCACCGCCAUGCGGCAUUCAUCACGAAGCAGUCAUCCCCGAAGCAUCCACCACGAAGCACCCGUCGCGCAUUGCUAAUCCUGUCCGGCACAUCCCCCAUCGGUACGCCAGGCUCUUCCCGGACCACAUUCCCCCCAGCAUAUCGCAUCCGCAAUCGUCCGCAAUCGUCCGCAACCACCUGCAAGCACAUCGCCAUGUCGUCCAGACCAGUCUCGUCGGCCCCGCUCCUGGUCCGAAAGAAGGCUGCAUAUCAUCACCCAGCCUUGACUCGCAUCAACUCGCUCAGCUCGAUCUACAGCGACCUGUCGACGCUCUCGCGCGAUUCGGCAUGUUCGACACCAUCCCGCGAUGCAGGGCUUUCGGCGUCCUUGCCUCGACGACCAACGCCCCGUUUCCCCGUCGACGGCCUUGCUGUCCGCCCACGUUCGCCUCUGUCGCUCGGUCGCUCUGAGCGCAAGCCAGCCAUCCAGAGCACGUCUGCCAUCGAUUGCGAUGAUGCUGCUCGCCGCGAAUCCUUGCACAAGCUUGAGCUUGUCAUGGCUUCGACCUUGGAGUUUCUCUCUGACAUUGUCGAUGAGAAACCCAUGGCUGUCCAUGUCGAGCGAUCCGAGCCCGCUUCGGCCCGAAGCAGCUGGGGAGAGCCUGUGGAUCUGACCCUCAAGCGACGCAGCUCGUCAUCGUCCUCAUGCAGCGUGCCAGCUUCGCCCCAGAGCAUCGGUCCCGAUGCUGUCGUCCCGGAACGUCUUGCCCGGCCGCUCCGGCGUGCUCGCACCGUCUGUGGCGACGGUGCUUCUCUCACACCGACCCGCAAGAAGAGCACCCUCAAGUCCUUCCUCGCAGGGUGGCAUGCGCAUCGCGACCAGGGCAUUGCCAACCCGCCCUCGGACCAGCCCGAGGCCAAAGCCCAGACCUUGCCGCAUUCACACACCAAUACCUUGCACACCCUCGAGUGCCAGCUCUUCCCGCAGCUCGCUGCCCACGACCAUGUUCCUGAGCCAACCUCUCCCGAUCGCCCGCCGCGCGCCCGGGUGAUGCCUCGCUCGUCGUCCGAGUACCAUAUUGGCUCUCUGCACCAGCAGCACGGCCUGGAGCCGAAGCGAGUGCAGUCUCUCAAUCGACGAGUCCGCCACUAGGACCGGCGCUGCAACGGUCAGCCGGUCGAGUACCCUGCCCUUUGGUUUGUCGUCCCCCAUUGUACCAUAUUUCACCGUUCACGGGACGCCCUGUUUUGGAGUUCACUUGUGUCUGAAUAUAACCAUCUUAUCCAUCCAUUCAUUCAUGCAUUCAUCCUUCGACGCCGAUGCGAUCCAAUGCAAUCCGCCAUGGCGAUCUGCUUCCCUCUCCUCUCGUUCGCUCG